AUGCAUCCACCUCUGGCGCUGCACCAACACCAAGAUUGCGCACAGGUGAUCCAGGCGUUACACGCUUGCCACCAGUCGUCCCUUUGGGCGAAAUAUACGGGCGGAUGCAACAGCCUCAAGGAGGAACUGACCCAAUGCCUACGAGCAGAAAGACUAGAGAGGACAACGAAGAACAGGGAUGACGCUGCUCAGAGGCGGCAAAAGACCCAAGCGGUCUGGGCAGCCAUCGAUGCCGAGUCCUGA